AUGAGACUUUUCGUAAGCCGCAAUGGCCAUUUUGAGACUGCUAGUUUGACUUUCAGCAUAGCCCAAGCACAGAAACCAAUCUCUACGAUAAAUAUCAAUUCUUCCAAGAUGCAAUUCACAAUCAAUGUUGCAAUUUUUGUCUUGUCCAUUGCCGGGGCAGCCCUAGCUUCGCCUCUCCGGUCUCGCGCGACUAGCGACGUUGGGGACGCUGUCGGCGAUCUGGGAAGUGUUGUUGGAGACGUUGCCGGAGACGUUGUCGGAGCGGUAGGGGAUGCUGCUGGAACGUCCGCCCUUCUCUCCUCAGCGAUGAGCGCACAUCCUCACCUUCCUCGCGCCUUGAUCCAAUCGAUGAAGCUCAUCGAGGGUGCGGGGAAAUCCACGAGCUAUAACCCUACCUUUCGUGUCGUCCGCCUGGACAUUCAGAAUCCAUUUGAUACAGACUUCGACGCAAAUAUCCUCCUAGAAUUGCCUCGGACGAUCGGCUUGGUCCCCCAAGGAUAUCGCUGUACAUACCUUCAUGAUGCCGUGUUCAACGGCGACGUUAUCCUAGCGUGCGAGAUGAUUCGUUUGGGUGCUGGCAUCGACAUUGUAGACAGCAGGGGAAACACACCUUUGAUGAUCGGCACCAUUCGACUAGCAGAAUUGUACCGCCUACAUGGGCCUCUAACUCGUUCCUUCGUACCAUCGGAAAAUCCAUACCCACGUAUCGCCACCAUCGUCCGGACCCUCGUUGAGCAUCUUGCAAAUGCCAAUUUCACAUCAAAUCGCCGAACACCAUUGCAUCACGCUUGCGAAACCCAUGAUUGGGAAUUAAUCACCUUGCUCAUCAACCACGGCGCAAACCCUUCACUCCGAGGGACCGAGCCACUGAUCCCGUCCCUCAAAGCGGCUGAUGCGCAGCGCAUACAAGGCCUCCUUGACCAAUAUGAUCGAAUAAAGGAUAAGGGGCCACCACGGAGACCCUGUCCAUGUUUUUCGGGCUUAUUCUUGGACGAAUGUCAUGCAAAACGCGCGCAGCCGUAUCCUGAGCACCACGCUUGCCCAGGAUUCGGUUGCCAAGGUAUCAAGCCGUACGGCGAAUGUUGCCUUCCACGGGGGAUACAGGCACUGGAAGGCUGGGACGCAUCAGCCCAACGGAUAAAAACCGAGGUCACUACGACGAUAUAUCCCGAUCCAGAAGAAGAAACGGAGGGCCACCCUAUGUUUGUUAUCAGGCGCAAAUUAGCACGAUAUUUCUCCGGAGGGUUGAACGUCGAAGGCAACAUCGUCGACGUACUUCGGUUUCUUGCCUGCAAUGACAAAGCAUGCCCAAAGGGAUUCGAUGAUCGUGCCCUAGAUGCGCACCAGAAACUGGGCCAUUACUGUGCCCGGGCCUUGACCGAAGAUUUCGUUGAUCCAGCAUACAAGCCCGUAGGCCAGCAGCGGACGAAGGAAUUCUGUCACGAACGCCAGGAGCGCUGGAAUGCCGCCGUCGACCGGUACAUAGCCAAGCGAAUCGAUACCCGCCCCAGAGAAGAAAUCGAGAAAGCCGCGAAAUUGGGGAAGUUCCUAGUCAAAAGUGUCAAGAGUCAGACUGGCCCCAUCAUAAACGAGUAUGUGGCAAGCCAGGCCAAAGAGGGCGGGCCCUUCCGUCGCAAAAACAACUCGAUGAAUACUGCUGGAAAGCUUUAG